AUGAAACAAACAGAAUAUCCAACAAGUAAUUCAUCAACACCUUCUUGUGGAAUUAGUAAUGCUACCACCACUAGUCAACUCAAUCAAGUAGCAGAUAAUAUGACAUCAACAUCUCCAUCCAUAAAUAAAACCUUGCAAGAUACUCCAGGUUUUAGAAUGAGAAAAUUCAAUAAGAAUAAGCGUUUCAAAGAGAAUUACUUUGAGAUGAGAAUGAUGGAUACCUCAGCAAGUACAUGUUCUUCCUUUGAGAGUAGUUUCAAUGGUAAUAUUUACAAUAAGGUCAAUCAUCAAACAAUAACAAACAAGAGAAAGACAACAACAAACAAUUCCUCUGCAACAUCUCAAUCAACUAGUAGUAAGAAGAGGAAAAAGUCUGCAAGCAUCUGCAGCAGCAGCAACAAUAACAUGGAGGUAGCAACAACACCUUUUACAUCAAUGAGUAGUGGAACAAUUACAAAUUCAUUCCCAAUUGUUUCCUUUGAUUCGGAUUCAAACAUGAUGAUUAAAUCAUCAACACUUCCAUCAUUUGCACUCUCCCCUAAUAUUAUUAAUCAAGAAUUUCCCAAUUUAAAUGAUAACUUUUUCAGCACGAAUCCAUCUACCACAACUCAACCUGUACUAGUAGCUGAGAAACCAACCAUUAUCGAAAAUACUUCAAGUUUAGUAGAAUUGUUAAUGAGCAAUAACAAUGACAAUGGAUAUAGUGGCACACUCCAACAACAUGAACAAGCAUCUGUUGCUCAACAGAAUUCUGUGAUUUCUCACGCUACUCCGAAUAGUGUAAAUAAUAAUUCGGAGCAAGCACAACAACAUGUGAUACCAAGCACUUCUUCGGGUGUAUUGAAACCUUUGGUAAUCGGAGAGGGUAUUACUUCAUCUUGCAACAAUUCGAUAGCUUCACCAUCUGCUUCCUCUUCAUUGUCCAACUCUACUGUAUGUAAUCAUUUGAUGAUUAAUGAUCAGCAUCAAACAACAACAUUAGCAAACUGUGCUCCAUCCAUGUGGGGUAGUAUUCUUCCAUUGAGACCUGUUUGUAUUGAUGAGAUUUGUAGUGAAUGGGAGCAAUUAUUGUCCUCCAACUCCAAUUCUACUGCUGUUAUUGUUGACUCUCUUAAACAACAACCACAAUCUUUGGAGGCUAUUAACAUGUAA